AUGAGCAGCCGCCCCACGGGAGGAGCCGGCUCGGGCGUGUGCUUCGGCCCGCGGGAGCCCGACAAGCCCUUCGCUGACUCGGAGCGGGCACAGAAAUGGCGCCUGUCGUUGGCCUCGCUGCUCUUCUUCACCGUGCUGCUCUCCGACCACCUGUGGCUCUGCGUUGAGGCCAGGCAGGUCGCUGCCGGGCGCCACCGGGACCAAGAGAGCGUGGAGCAAAGCAUGGGGGGCGACGAGGGGGCGGCGGUGGCCCCCAGCAGCAGCCCUGCGGCGUCGGCAGCCGGCCAGUGUUUCAGCCUGCUGGGCGACGCCGAAGCUGCCUGUCGCCGCCUGCAGCCCGGCGGCUCGGCCCAGACGGAGCUCUACCUUCCCUUUUGUAAUUCCUACACGCUGCGCGAGCUCUUCGCCGGGCUUUCCCGCUCGGACACUCUGAACUGCACUCUGGACCAACGCGACGGCGACGACGACGACGACGACAGGGGCACUGGGGAUGGGGAUCGGCUCAGCAGGGAGGAGGAUUGGCUCCGUUCUUGCCGCCGCUGCGUCCUGGCUUACCAAAAGUACGACCAGCAGGCUCAGGACCGAUACCGAGAGUUUGAGCUUGUGCUCCAGAAAUACCUGCAAGCGGAGGAGUACUCGGUGAAAUCGGGGCCGGAGGAUUGUAAGACUGUCUACAAAGCCUGGCUCUGUUCCCAGUAUUUUGAAGUCACACAGUCUCACUGCAACAACACAAUUCCUUGCAAGCAAUACUGUUUGGAGGUUCAGACAAGGUGUCCAUUUAUAUUACCAGACAAUGAUGAUGUCAUCUAUGGAGGAUUAUCCAGUUUCAUCUGUACAGGGCUCUAUGACAACUAUCCAACCAAUGCAGAACCAGAAUGCUGUGAUGUCAGAUGGGGACUAUUAUCAGAUAACCAAUCCAAAGGGACUAUAAAAACAAGUGACUCAAUGAUGUGUCACCGGACAUCACUCACAGUUUCAUCAGCAUCAAGACUGUGUAAUAGCAGACUUAAACUGUGUGUUCUUGUAUUAAUUCUCUUACAUACAGUACUUACGGUCUCAGCAGCACAGAACUCAACAGAACUGGGCUUUGGAGGCAUAACAAAUUUGGAAGAUAAUUCAACCAAUGAGGAAUAA